AUGAUGUACACUAAUAUUUUCUGUUUUCUAGCCGGAGUUCUGCUUACAUUUGUGUUACUUCCUUUGUUCGACUCUCCAAUUCAAAGCAUCCGAGCCAUCGUCCCAUUAAUUGUACAAGAUUCUGCAAAUUUCUCCGAUGAGAUUAAUUUGGAUUUCAAAGAAAAUUCCGAAAUUGCUCAACGAAUUCACCAAGAACAGUUACCGCAAAGAAAAACACUUUGGUCGGGGUUGAACGAUGGACAAAAAUGGACUCAGUUCUAUGAUCUCAUCUCACUGGAAGCAAUUUGCAUAGGAAAAGUUCGAAUUGGUGGAAUGAAUGAUGGAGGGAAAUGGAUUUGUUCCCCGUGGAGAUUGCCCGACAAUUGUGUAUUUUACUCGCUGGGCAUCAAUAACAAUAUUCAGUUCGAGGAAUCUCUCCAUCAACUCAUCAACAAGAAAUGGGAUCUGAUUGGAGUCGAUCAGUUCACUCAAUAUGAGGCCACAAAAGCAAGAUAUAUCCAAAUAAAUGGUAAACUAUUUGUUGGAAAAAUUGGCACCAAAGCGGAAAAGGAGUCAGUUGGAAGCAAUGUAACACUCACUCUUGAAGAAGUCUACAAACUGAACAAACACACUAAAAUAGAUCUACUCAAAAUGGACAUCGAGGGAGCGGAAAAAACGGUGCUUCCAGAGCUCUUAAACUUUGUCAAACCAUGUCAAAUUCUUGUUGAAACUCAUGACAAUAAGGUGGCUACAAGAACUCUACUUGCGCAAAUCAGCAAGCAAGGCUAUUGGCUGUACUCUUGGGAGGUCAACGAGGGAGAUCUCCAAGCUUGUGAAUACUCGUUUAUUCAUGAGAGCUGCGUUGAAAAAUUUGGAGUUUGGCGAUUGGCGAGAUAUUUAUCU